CCCGGGGCCGGCUGCAUUUAAUGGCGCGGGCGCGUGGGCCUCGGAGGGCUCUCAGGCAGGCCAGCGCAGCAGACCAGCGAAACAAGCAUGUCAGGAACCCGAGCCUCCAACGACCGGCCCCCCGGCGCGGGCGGCGUCAAGCGGGGGCGGCAGCAGCAGGAGGCGGCGGCGACGGGCUCCCGCGUGACGGUGGUGCUGGGCGCGCAGUGGGGGGACGAGGGCAAAGGCAAGGUGGUGGACCUGCUUGCCACGGACGCCGACAUCAUCAGCCGCUGUCAGGGGGGCAACAAUGCUGGCCACACCGUGGUGGUGGAUGGCAAGGAGUACGACUUCCACCUGCUGCCCAGUGGCAUCAUCAACACCAAGGCUGUUUCCUUCAUUGGCAACGGGGUGGUCAUUCACCUGCCUGGCUUGUUUGAAGAAGCAGAGAAGAAUGAGAAGAAAGGGCUGAAGGAUUGGGAGAAGAGGCUCAUCAUCUCUGACAGAGCCCACCUGGUGUUUGAUUUUCACCAGGCCGUUGACGGGCUUCAGGAAGUUCAGCGCCAAGCACAAGAGGGGAAGAACAUCGGCACCACCAAGAAGGGGAUCGGGCCAACUUACUCCUCCAAGGCUUCCCGGACGGGCCUCCGCAUCUGUGACCUCCUGUCAGAUUUUGAUGAGUUUUCCAGCAGGUUCAAGAACCUGGCUCACCAGCACCAGGCCAUGUUCCCCACCCUGGAUGUGGACAUCGAAGGGCAGCUCAAGAAGCUGAAGGGCUUUGCUGAGCGGAUCAGACCGAUGGUCCGAGAUGGUGUUUACUUUAUGUAUGAGGCACUCCAUGGCCCCCCCAAGAAAAUCCUUGUGGAAGGUGCCAACGCAGCCCUUCUCGACAUUGACUUUGGGACCUACCCCUUUGUGACCUCGUCCAACUGCACGGUGGGCGGUGUGUGCACGGGCCUGGGCAUACCACCCCAGAACAUAGGCGAUGUGUACGGCGUGGUGAAGGCUUACACCACACGUGUGGGCAUUGGGGCCUUCCCCACUGAGCAGAUCAAUGAAAUCGGAGACCUAUUGCAGAACCGUGGCCAUGAGUGGGGAGUGACCACGGGUAGGAAGCGGCGCUGCGGGUGGCUAGACCUCAUGAUCCUGAGAUAUGCUCACAUGGUCAACGGGUUCACCGCGCUGGCCUUCACGAAGCUGGACAUCCUGGAUGUUCUGAGUGAGAUUAAAGUCGGCGUCUCGUACAAGCUGAAUGGGAAAAGGAUUCCCUACUUUCCAGCUAACCAGGAGAUACUUCAGAAGGUUGAAGUUGAAUAUGAAACACUGCCAGGAUGGAAAGCAGACACCACAGGGGCCAGGAGGUGGGAGGACCUACCCCCGCAGGCCCAGAGCUACGUCCGCUUCGUGGAGAACCACGUGGGAGUUGCAGUCAAGUGGGUCGGAGUUGGCAAGUCCAGAGAGUCGAUGAUCCAGCUGUUUUAAGUGCCAGCCAGUCUGGCCCCACAGGCUGCAGCGCCCUGUCCCAUGGAGAUGGUGGAGUCACGCUCCUUGGCGAUCACAACCAAUGCCAUGAACAAAGAAGUAUGAAAAUGAUUUCCUGGACUAUUUCUAUUUAAGCCUUCAAUUCAAUGCAUUGAUUUCUACAAUGAAUUUAAAUAUCAGAAAGCCAACUUGUGUAUGUUUUUCAAAUUCUCCUCCUUAAAAUGAGCUAAAGUACUUAAAACAGAAAGACCUUUUGUGACACAUUGUCACACAAUUGUAUGCCCAGCUGGAACGAUGCAAAAUAAACAUCU